UCCUUGCUUUCUGUUUAAUUAUUAUUGGCCUUUUUUGAGUAUUUAUAUGGUUGGUGUCAUUGUUCAAUGAUAAGGAGGGUUGGUGUGUUUGGGAUAUUUGGAUCAGUUUUUGUCUCCAUCCGGAGAAAGACUUGGUUUUGAACCAAUUGAAUCCCUGUUUCAAUCACUCUCUGCUUCUGUCUGCUCCCCCAAUUCAGGGCAAUCACAGGAGCAUUUGUUUUCCAGCAUCCAAAGAGUUUCAGCUGUUUAUCAGAAUCAAGAGCAUGGGUAAUGAUUUGUACUUUACUUGAAGCUAUUGAACUGGCACUAGGGGUUUCUGUGGCAGUGCAAGAACAAGAUGUCUGCUUAUUAUCCAAACUUAACCAGUCAACAAGAUGUCCUGCAGACUCAAUAUUUGCUGAAUCCAAAACUUACUUCCUAUCAAUCAUCAGAUCUUCCUGAAAUAAUAUAUCCAAACCCGCCGUCUACUGCCUCAUUGCGUCCUGAGUUGUUUUCUGGAACUUCCUUGCAAGCACACAACUUUGUUGAAGCUCAAUCUGUUGAAAGCAGAGAAGAGAUGCUAUUCAUUGCCCCACAUGGUAACCCUGUUAUGAUGCAACCAAUUAACGAGCAUCUCAAUUUUGCUCCCAAUUUUUCAGAUAGUAAUGCUGUUGUGGUGGAUCAAAUUUUCACUAAAAAACUGCUCCAUCUCCAAAACGCUGACCAGAAUCUUCAGAAUCAAGGAUUAUCUCUCAGCUUGGGCAGUCAGGCAGCGUCCUCAGUUGAGAUGCCUUCGUAUCAAAACCCUUAUUCAAAUUCAGGCCUUUCUUCUCUGUUGAGUUCCCAUGUUGAGCAUCUAGUUGAUCGCUUUUCUGAAAGUAGUGAACUUAAAACAGCUGAAUACUUGUCAUUUGAUCUAGCUGGAAGAGUUAACAAUAGCUCCAAAGUUGGAGCAGUGUAUGAACCUCAGUCUUCCUUAAGCUCCAAAGGGAUUAAUUCUGAUCCAAAACUACACGAGGAAACAGUUGUUUCAGGAGCGAUAUACAACUCCAAGUAUCUCAAGGCAGCUAAGGAGUUACUCGAUGAAGUGGUUAAUGUUCACCAGGCCCUGAAUCAGUCGGAAAAAUGCAAUGAGUUCCAGUCCUCUGGUCUUGGUGUCACAGAAGCGACCAAGUUGAAAGCUGAAUAUCAAUCUGGAAUCCCUUCUAAGACUGGGAUCUCUUCUGAUGUGCUUUCACCUGCUGAACGGAAUGAUCUGCAGAACAAGUUGACUAAACUUUUCUCCAUGUUGGAUGAGGUGGAUAGGAGAUAUAAACAAUAUUACCAGCAGAUGCAAGUUUUAGUAUCCUCUUUUGAAAUUGUGGCUGGAUGUGGGGCUGCUAGAUCAUAUACAGCACUUGCUCGUAGGACAAUUUCCCGCCAAUUCCGUUGCUUACGCGAUUCAAUCAAGAACCAGAUUCAAGUUGUGCAGCAAAGCUUAGGCGAGGAAGGUACAGUUCCCAAUGGUCAAGGUGGAGGAUUAUCUCGUCUCCGCCAUCUGGACCAGCAGUUGAGGCAACAAAGGGCACUUCAGCAAUUUGGUGUGAUGAGACAACCUUGGAGGCCACAAAGAGGCUUGCCUGAGACUGCUGUUUCAGUCCUUCGUGCUUGGCUUUUCGAACAUUUCCUUCAUCCUUACCCCAAGGAUUCUGAGAAAAUUAUGCUAGCAAGACAGACAGGCUUGACCAGAAGCCAGGUUGCAAACUGGUUUAUCAAUGCACGAGUUCGUCUUUGGAAACCCAUGAUUGAGGAGAUGUACAAAGAGGAGUUUGUUGACAUGGAAGCCGAUUCUAAAUCUUCUCAAGAACAUGGACAACCAACAGGAAGAUUGAAGUCAGAAUCUGAGGACACGGGAGAAGAGCUUCAUGAAAGCUUGAUGUCUCCCAGUGCUGAUGGUGGCCGAUUGGCGCAGUCUAGCGAGCUGAGGAAUGAUGUCACUUCUGACCUUAAAGUACAUGCCUACGCAACAAGAAUGGGCUUUCAGGCGGGUUCUCUCGAAGAAAAUGACAUGGAUCAUGUGAAUAAAUCAAGUAGAGAUGAUGUAGUUAGCAUGGCUGAUCAUAAAGUUGGCGCCAUUGAGACCAUCAGGUCUAAUCAGACUGGUGAAGUAAGCAUUAGUUCUGAUGCUAAUGCGCAUAAUUUCUGCAUGUUGGCUGGUCCAGUAGGCAAUCAAGUCUCCCUUGCACUAGGAUUACAGCAUCCUUCAAAAGAUUCGCAACCUAUAUCUGAUGGAACACAUACAGGAGUGGAUGACACAGUUGCUUCUUCUGUGGGCCUCGACAAAGCAGAAUACUAUUGUCUAGAUGCAAUAAACCAACAAGAAAGAUUUUCCCACCCUCAUUUGCUAUCUGAUUUUGUUCUGUGAGAAUAUGGUCUCCUGCAUUUUUGUCAUUGGAUUCUUAAUAUCUCUUACAGCAAAAACCACAGUUAAAAGCAUCUGUAAAUGUGCGUGUGCCUGCGUGAGCGCAAGAGACUGAGACAGUGUCUGAAAGAAGCUUUGGCUGGAUUCAUGAAUUCCAGGCUUUUUCUGCCUGAAAUUAUUGACGAAAUGGGUUAACAUGCC